AUGUCCGACACCGCCGCGCCCUCAGCUGAGCAGCCGGCUGCGCAGCAGCCGGAGCCCGCCGCCCAGGAAGCCCCAGCGGCAGCAGAGGCGCCUGCUGCUGCCCCGGAGGUCUCAGCGCCCGCCGAUGGCGCGCCCGCCGCAGCUGCCGCAGCGCCCCCGCCCGCCGCCCCCACUUCGCCGCCGGCUCCCGCAGCGGGCGCCGUCCCUGCCGCCUCGCCACCACAGGCCGAGCCGCGGGUGCCGGUGCGCGCCUACCUGGAGCAGACAGUGGUGCCUGUGCUGAUGCAAGGCAUGAUGGAGCUGAAUCGCAAGCGGCCGGCAGACCCCAUCGACUUCCUUUCCACCUACCUCCAGCAGCACAACCCGCGCAAGCAGGCCAAGACCGCGUGA